AUGGCGAAACGAGCUGUCCUCAUCGUUAAUUGCUCGGGUGCUAUGAGCGACCCGGGCGACCACAUGCUCAACCAAGCCAAGUACGGCCCGGUCGACUUCAUCACGGGCGACUAUCUCGCCGAGGUAAACAUUGCCAACGAUGCUGAGGCCUACAGGAAUGGGCAGCACCCCGGGUGGAUCUCGACCGCAUGGGACGGCCUUUGCAAGUCGGUCGAGAUCCUCCAUGAGAAGAGGAUCAAGGUCAUCAUCAACGGAGGAUGCUUGAACCCGCGCGGGCUAGCCGAGAAGACUCAUAAUCUGGUUCAAGAGAAGAAGCUGAACUUGAAGGUCGCCUACGUCGAGGGCGACGAGUUGCUGCCACGCGUUCAUGAGCUGAUGGCCAAGCAAGAGCGUCUGAAGCACUUGGACGCGGAGAACCCCCAGGUCAACCUCGCCCCGGGUACCGACAACUUCUUGAAACGCCCCGGCAGCAGCGAGAUUGUCUCCGCAAACGCUUAUCUCGGCAUCCGUGCCAUCAAGCGCGGUCUGGAGGAGGGGGCAGACAUCAUUAUCUGCGGCCGUGUUGCCGACGCCUCGCCCGUCAUGGCCGCCGCGGCCUGGUGGCAUGGCUGGCCGGACUCGGCUUACGACGAACUGGCCGGGUCUCUGAUCGCGGGACACCUGAUCGAGUGCUCCACGUACGUUACCGGCGCCAACUUUGCCGGCUUCGACAAGUACGACAUCAAGGAUCUCCUGAACCUCGGCUUGCCGAUCGUCGAGAUCGACUCCAAUGGCGAAUGUGUCGUCACCAAGCACGAGGCUCUGCCGGGCUUUGUCACAGAGGACACCGUCAAGUGCCAGCUGCUGUACGAGCUCCAGGGCAACAUCUACCUGAACAGCGACGUGAAGGCCGACAUCGCUCGCGUCCAGGUGAAGGAAGAGUCCAAGAACCGCGUUCGCGUCAGCGGGGUCAAGGGAUACCCGCCGCCUCCCACCACCAAGUUGGCCGUCUUCUAUCAGGGAGGUUUUCAGUGCGAACUCACGAUCAACGCGACGGGCUACGCCACGGCGAAGAAGUACGAGCUUCAAGCGGCGCAGAUCUUCUCCAAGUUGCAGGAAUGGGGCGUGCUCGAGCAGUUCGACACGCUCGACUUUCAGCGGAUCGGCGUCCCAGCGGAGAACCCUCGGUGCCAGCUCGAGUCGACGACGUCUCUCCGCAUCUUUGCACAGGCCAAGGAUGCUGCCACGCUCGGCAAGCUCGCACAGGCCUUUAUGUACAACGGAAUGGCCCAUUUUGCGGGCAUGCACAGCACCCUCGACAUGCGGCAGCUCCGGCCGAUCCCCUUCAACGCCUUCUACCCGGCCGUCAUCGAGCAGACGGAGCUCGAAGAGAGCAUCAACCUCAUCGACCCCUCGACCCGGGAAGUGAGGAAGAUCGUCGUCGGUCCGCCGGCAAAGACCGAGCCCCUAGCCCCUCGCGAGAACUACGAGACGGCCAACCCGGUGGACCUGGCGAGCUUCGGCCCCACGGUCGACCGCCCGCUCGGCGACAUCGCGCUGGCGCGCUCGGGCGACAAGGGCGCCAACGUCAACAUCGGCCUCUUCGUGCACACCGACGAGGAGUGGGACUGGCUGCGCUCGUUCAUGACCCGCAGCAAGAUGCGGGAGCUCAUGGGCGCCGACUGGCAGGACUGGUACUUCGUCGAGCGCGUCGAGAUGCCGCUCAUCAGGGCCGUGCAUUUCGUCGUCUACGGCCCCCUGGGCAGGGGCGUCAGCAGCUCUCGCCUGCUGGACGCGCUGGGCAAGGGGUUCGCCGAGUUCAUCCGCGCCGUGCAUGUCCCGAUUCCGAGGAAGUUCUUGAAUCUUUGA